AUGUAUUGGUUUCCAAAUGAAACAAUCCCCAAUGAAAACGACACAAUAAUAAUAGAUUCUAUCUACAAACCAAUUAUAUCAAACACACUGGACACAAUAAUAAAGGGUAGUUUAGAAAUUAACAAUUCAUCACUGACCAUCAAUAGUAACGAAGAUAUCAAAUCCGAAAAAAAUUUAUCAAAUAUAUUUAUGAACAGUAACUCCUAUUUAAUAAUAAAUUUAAACAAUAAUGGGGACUCCAAUAUCAACUAUAUAAUAAAUAAUAUAACAUGUAAUAAUAAUAGCAAUAAUCAUAUUUCCAUAAAUAAUGGAAAUGAAGUAACCAUUAAGGACUCACAAAUAUCAGAUAUAAAAAUUUCAACUACUAAUGUAGUAUUGGCAGGUUAUAAUAUUAUAUCAAGUUUAGAGUGGACAGGUAGCGGUGUGUUUUCAUUCAAUUAUACCGAUAACUAUUUAGUAUUGAUUGGGAAUAACAAGGAUUCUUUUUCAUUUGGUGGUGAUUUUAUUAUAAGAAACAAAGUUAGAGUUGUAAAUAGUGUAAUUAAUGUAAACAAGAAUAGUAAAAUUAAAAUUAUCGAAUGGUCCAAUGUUGAACUUCAAGAUUCCAUAAUCAAUUCAAACAUUGCUAUUACAAAUGGUUCAAGUGUAUUAUCAUUAGUUGGCAAUAAUGAAAUUCAAGGAAAUUUAUUAUUAAAUGGUUCCUUAAUGUCACAGAUCCACAAUGGUGGUAUAGUCUAUGAUAGUAAUCGUCCACAGUUAUAUUUAGGUCCUGCAUUUAAAUCUCUAUCCUCAAAGAAAUUCAUUAAAAUUCAAUCAUCUGAUAUUUAUAUUUCAAAACAACUAAGCUUAACCAAUUCUUUAAUAGAGUGUGAUCAAACAAUAACUAUAAACAAUACAAUUAUCAAUAUCGAUCUAGCAAAUACCCCCAUUUAUAAUAAACAAUACCUCAUAUUCACUGCAAAACAAAUUACACUUGAAUCAUAUCUAAUCGGUUCAAUAUCUGUCAAUGGAAUUCAAUUAAAUAAUGACAGCUUUGAAAUUUUAGUUAAAAAUAAUAUUUAUAACAAUAGUACAAAAAAUAAUAAAACACAUUCAUUAAUAAUAAUUUACCAUAAAACACCAAACAACAACAACAAUAAUAAUAAUAGCACAAACAAUAGUAAUAGUAAGACCGAUAGUGAUUAUAGUUCCAAUGAACAAUCUAUCAACGAAUCAGAAUCAUACCAAAUUAUCCAAAUGCCAAGUAGUUCAAGCAGAUUAUCAUUAAACUCUUCAUUUUUAUCAAAUUUGUUUUUUAUUUUAUCAUUUAUAUUAAUUUUAAUCUAUUAA